AUGAGUGCUGAGAAGCGUGCCAUGGUGGUGGGCGCAGCUGCUGCAGCUGUGGCCUGCACUGCGUUCGUAGGCUCUGCGCCCUCCAAGAGCCCAGCCGGCGCACCUGCGCUUCGAGCGGGUGCUACGCAACGGGCGGCUCCUGCCUCCUGUUCUCCAACGGCUGCGGCUGCAGCCGCGACCAUGGUUGCUGGCCUCACUGUGGCGGCACGAAGCCGUAAGCAUGGACAGGCUAAGACCCCUCGGCACUUCUUCGGUGAGCCGGAAACUGAGACGAAGACGGAAGAAGUUAUCACAAGCACUCCGGUCACACAGCACCCUGCGGGUUCUCGCAUCCCAGAAGGAACUCCUACGCCUCACCCGAUGACCAUCAGGAAGAGGCCAAGGCGGAACCGCCGUAGCUCCGCACAGCGGAAUAUGUUCUCAGAGACGAGGCUUACUCCUGCAAACUUCAUCCUCCCGAUCUUUGUGCACGAGGGUACUGAAGAUAUUCCCAUCAGCUCUAUGCCUGAUGUGUCGCGAGUCGGUGUUGACACAGGGCUUCUUCGCGAAGUUGAAGAGGCGGUAAAGCUGGGGGUCAAGUCUGUUGUGCUCUUCCCCAAGACGCCAGAUGAGCUGAAGACGCAGACUGCGGAGGAGUGCUUCAAUCCGGCUGGCCUGGCGCAACGCGCGAUUAGAAACGUCAAGCAGGCGUUCCCUGAUGUGGUCCUCCCGUGGCAUGUUACCUUCGCCUCGCUCUUAUGUUUAUGUCAAGUUUGA